AUGGGAUACCAGGGCGCUCAGCACGAGUACCACUCCAUACAGCCCAAGCGUCGUCCGCAAGGAGGUUUCCUCACGCCUCGUGACCUGGAGCGCAACCACAAGGUCUCUUCGGAUCGAGUCCUUGUCGAAAACUACUUUGCCCGCAUGUGCAGUCUGUGGAAGGCAAUGUCGGUCACCUACAAGUGGAAUGAGUCCAAGUUUGACCAGGUCUCUCGCAUCUGCUGUGCUCUGACGAAUGCUCACGUGUUAUGGAUGCCUCUUCAAAAAGGAGUCGCCCUCAAGCACAAUAUCGUGCUCGACGCGCGAGACAUCUUGAAGCAGCCUCACCUCAAUUUGACCGUCGUUGGUCAACUAGUGU